AAAACGAUGGAAGUGAAGAAGUUCUGCCUUUUAGAGUGUAAAAUCACCAAUGGGGUCCGAUCAAAAAGCCAAAAGAUGAAUACGAAAAAGGGAUUAUUGGAUGAAAAAGUGCUACUUCAGUCUUCAAUCCAUUGAACUUUUUAUAUAUACCCCGUCAACCUCUUUUCUCCCUCAUCUCAUAAUCACUAUUUUUCCUGAAGUUCGGCUGAUUCUUGGAUAGUCAUGCCCAACCCCAUCAAGCACAACAGCAACAUCUCUCUCGCCAUGGAGAGAGCUGGACAAUGGGUUUUUUCUCAAGAACUUCCCACUGAUGUUGUUGUGGAAGUAGGGGAAAUGAGCUUUUCUCUUCACAAGUUCAUGCUUGUAGGGAAGAGUAAUCACAUAAGAGAACUGAUUCUUGAAUCGAAAGAUGUCGACUGCGCAAGAAUAGACCUGUCGGGCGUUCCUGGGGGCGCUGAAACCUUCGAAACAGUAGCAAAUUUUUGCUAUGGUUUCAAUUUUGAGAUCACGGUUCAUAACGUGGCAGCGCUCCGGUGUGCUGCUGAGUAUCUGCAGAUGACUGAUAGCUAUUGCAAGAACAGUUUUGCUGGGAGGACUGAGGAUUUCUUGUCCCAGGUAGCGUUGACAAGCAUGUCCGGCGCCCUCGCUGUGCUGAAGUCAUGUGAAGAGCUGCUUCCCAUGGCGGAGGACCUCAAAAUUGUCCAAAGAUGUGUUGAAAUUGCAAGUGCAGAGGUUUGUUUCGAGGCUAAUUUUCCAAGUCGUUCACCUCAAAAUUGGUGGGUUGAAGAGCUAACAACCGUAGGCAUAGCCUUCUUUGCAAAGAUCAUUGCUUCAAUGACGUGGAGAGGUGCAAAGGUCUUUACUCUAGCUAGUGUUAUCAUCGCAUAUGCUGAGAGAUCACAAUGUGAUCUCGUGAAUGACCACUCUCGAAAUGGCACAGAAUCAUCAUUGUAUUCAGGGGAAUCAGAUACCAGGACCCGACAACGGGAACUUAUUGAGUCCAUAGUCGCUCUGUUGCCCUUGGAAAAAUCUGCCUUUCCCAUAAGGUUCUUGUGCUCUCUCCUGAGGACUGCAAUUUGCUUGAGGGCAGACAACAGUUGCAAAAAUGAGCUAGAAAACAGGAUAUCCAUGAUCUUAGAGCAUGUGACAGCUGACGAUCUUGUGGUGCUGUCUUUCACAUCUGACGGUGAGCUGUUUGAUCUUGAGAGCGUGAGGACGAUCAUCUCUGGUUUUGUGGAGAAAGAAAAGAGCAUAGACGUUUUUAGUGCCGAUAAUUUGGGGGAACUAUGCUCCAGAGCUAUGCUGGGAGUUGCCAAGACGGUCGAUACAUACCUGGGGAAGGUUGCUAAUUGUGACGAACUUAGUAUUGCGAAAUUCAACGGGAUCGCGAAUUCGGUGCCCAAGGCAGCAAGGAAGCUUGAUGACCAUCUUUACCGUGCUGUUGAUAUCUACUUGAAGGCUCAUCCAUAUCUAGAUGAAAUCAAGCGCUUGAAGGUGUGUAGUGUUAUGGAUCCUCUCAGACUAUCUCACCAAGCUCGGGUUCAUGCUUCACAGAACAACCGUCUACCAGUGCAGAUUGUCCUCCACGCCCUCCACUACGACCAACUCAAGUUAACAAGAGGCAUAUAUGAUGAUCACUUGUUGCUGGAUGCCCCAAGAGCAAGAAAUUACCUGCAGAUUGAUGUGUCCCUUGUCAAAGAGAACGAAGCUUUGAGAACGGAGCUUCUGAGGAUGAGAAUGUGCAUGCGAGAUAUGCAGAGAAUUCAGGGGACGCCAUAUAGAAGUAGAGUGAAGAAGCACACUUUCUUCUCUUCACUGUCUAAGACCUUGGGGAUCUUGAAUCCAUUUAAGCACGCACGGAAGGAUACCUCGAAUGUUGAUGAUGAGAUGGUAGAUUCAACCACGCUUAGAAGGGGAAGGUUCUCUAUCUCUUAGGUUCCCUGUGCGUGUAUGUGUUGUGUGUGUGUUUCUAUCUUUUUUUCUUUUUCCUUCUCAUUUUUGUUGACUUGGUGGCGAAAGAAUAGUAUUCCCUGCAAAGCCAAUGUUUUUAUUGGAAGUGUUUGAUAAUAUCAUAUGGAAAUGAAGUUACCUCGUUUAGUCGUUA